GACGUCAUUCAUGGAUUACUGUUUGAUCAUUCCUUCCCUUCCGCCUGCGCAGGCGCGUCAUCGGCGGUGUGUCGGCUCGGCUUAGCGCGCGUGCAGGUUGUUUGUCUGCUGCUGGCUCAUUUACAUUUUGUCUCGUUCACACAACCGACAGAAAGCUUAUCUUCCUGUCAACCACUUUCCCCCCUGGAUAUUGUCCUCUUAUACUUCCACCUGGAAGCUCUCCAUCCCACCGACAUGGCAGAGGCCCCGGCAUCCGGCUCCUCUGAGGCCGGCCUGCCAGGACCAUGGAAACGUUUCAAUCGGCGAAGCCGGAAGUCCGGAUGCUCCAACAUCUUUACGGGGGUCAACCUGCACCAGCUGCACAGGCUGUUCAAAACUGCAGGAGACAGAGACGCUGAACAUCGGGCGAAGCUGGUGUGGCGAGGGAUGGAUGCAGAAACGCAGAAUGAAGAGGAGACCAAAGAGGAGGAAGGGGAGGAAGAGGCAGGGCUGGCCCAGGCCUUGGUGGGGCUCCGAGUCCGAGCGAGGAAUAAAACGGGUAUCAAAGGAGAGGGAUACAAGGACCACCGGUGGCUCAGAGGAUCAGGGUAUCUCAGGAUCGAGGAGCCGUUGUCCAGCUCCACUGUCGAGGACGAGACCGAGGAAGACCUCCCAAAGGACCGAACCCCUUUUAAACCUUCCUCACGCAGGUUGGCUGUGGCCAGACAGGAGGGCGCGAAACACUCUGAACGCUACCUUCACCGCAUCCUCCACUAACAAGCUUCUGACCACCACGGGGAAGGAUGCUGGGACACGAUGUAUACGAUGUAUUCUGCAUGAAGAGGGCAGACUGCACUCAGGGUUCAUACACGUGUUGACCAAUGGGUUUACAGGACUUUAAACCAAUUUCCCAUGAUCAAACAUGUUGUGAAAUCUCAGUGUAUACAUGAAAAAGUGAGAAAAUGUAGUAUUUAAACUAACAAUGAGAGUUACAAAGCAUACAGUAUACUUUAAAUGAAUGAGAGACAACAGUUUGAUUUAAAAGAAUAAACAUUGAUGUCUUUUCAGUUACGGUGUGUUCAUGCGAGUAUGAGAGCGUAUAUGCCGGCUUAUAUUUUGGGCUUCAUUCAGCAUGUUCAUUAUUUAAAACACAGCGUGAAUGCACGUAUGAAUAUAACAAAUUGCCAUGACUUUUUCAAAACUUUUUCUGAACUUUUCCAGACCUGGAAAUAAUCAUUUUAGAAUUCCAUGACUUUUCCAGGUUUUCCAUGACCGUACGAACCCUGUAUACUGCUGCUAACAUGUACUCUACGCGUUGAGAGAAAGACCAGUGCACUUUGGGAUUAAUCUGGGGAUUAGUCCAACUACUAUGGGAAAUUCAAAACUUGUAUGUAAAUGAACAUAACAGCAGAAUCAAAGCAGCUCCAUAGCAGGAGACGGACCUGAAAGUAAAUCUUAAAUGUGCAUGAAGAGCAUUAUUUUUUAAAGCACUAUUGUUACACUGCGUUAAGAGCACCGUAUAACCAUUUGUAUUAAGGUAUCUUGUGUUUUUAUGACUUAAUACUGAAAUAAACAUCUAAAUAAAGAUUCCAUUGAUGAGA